CACCACCACCACCACAGGACAUCGAGCAUGGUAUUCUAGAAACAUCAUCCACAGCCUACGUUCAGACCAUACCAUCAAGCUACAUCCCGCCCCCCGUCUUCGUCGUCAUCGUCUGCUGCUCCACCGGUCGUAUUUGCACUGGGCGGCGAGUCACAUCACAGUAGAUCACAGACCAUGCCAAACACACCGCCUCAGGAAGGCAGCAAUGGGCUUCCACCGUUUUCAACCAUCAUCAAUGUCCCCACUGGCGGCCUUCCAGGCCUCGCACUACCCUCUUCCUCGGCUUCAUCACAGCCGGGACCCUCAAAUAGCGCAUCAGCAUCAGCACCAGCCUCAGCAGAUGUCCCCAGUCUGCGUCCUCCACCAGCCAUAUCGUCAAUAGCAGACUCCAUGGCAGAGGAAGAUGCCGAGAUUCCCGUCCCUGCAGAGACCCGGAGUGGCAGCGACAGUAGAGCGUCACCAGGACCGGUGUUGAACGCUCAAGAGGGUCUGGGAGGCGCAUUAGCGGGUCCAGACCUCCAAAUGAUCAACCUUUCGCAAUCGACACAGGCAGAAGCUCCAGCUUUAGGACCGCCAUCGACAGCAGAUACAGCCCAGCAACCACCAUCACAGCCACUCUCGACCGACCCACAAGGGUCUGGCUCAUCAGCCCAUCCUACCGCUCCUAUGUCGAUGCAGACCGAGAUUCGCAAAGCAGAGAACGAACAGGUAGAGUCGGAAAAGUCGCGGAAGAAAAAGGAAGACGAGGAGAAGCUGGCCCAGAUCUAUGAAGGGCUCGACUUCGAUGGUUUGUGGUCCAAGCUAAGUGAGAGCUUGAGUAGGAUGGAGGAUGAUUCGAGCGCAGCGAUGAUCCUGCUACCCCUGAUAGAGAGUCUGAUGGUGGUUUCGAAGCAUGUAGCAACACCAGAGGCUGCGUUUGCUCUAGAGAACACCUCGGCUCGCGGAUCAGUGUCACCAGUCACAGAGACCAGACCGCCCCCCAAGACACCCCGGGAAGUGAUGUCCGAGAACUUCUUCACCUUCACAGAGAGGCAUCGCAAGAUCCUCAACACAAUGGUUCGAGCCAAUCCUUCUCUGAUGAGUGGGUCUUUCAGUCUACUCGUGCAUAAUCCAAAGGUCCUUGACUUUGACAACAAGCGCAACUACUUCACGCAACAACUGCAUAAGGGGAGGAGAGAGCAUUAUACCAAUCUCAAUCUGAGUGUGAGAAGGCAGUACGUCUUCUCCGACUCCUUCCACUACUUUGCGCGUCACAAUGGUCCGGAGAUCAAACAUGGCAAGCUCAAUGUGCGCUUCUACAAUGAAGAGGGAGUGGACGCCGGUGGUGUGACGAGGGAGUGGUUUCAGGUCCUUGCAAGGGCGAUGUUCAAUCCAGACUAUGCCUUGUUCGCUCCCUGUGCGGCAGACCGGACGACAUAUCAACCCAAUCGAGCAUCGGAGAUCAAUCCGGACCACUUGGCUUUCUUCAAGUUCGUCGGAAGAGUCAUCGGCAAGGCCAUCUACGACGGCCGUCUACUGGAUGCCUACUUUACACGAUCCUUCUAUAAGCAUAUCCUGGGCAAGAACGUAGACUACCGCGAUCUAGAAGCCGUCGAUCCAGAGUACUUCAAGUCGCUCGAGUGGAUGUUGCAGAACGAUAUCACAGAGGUGCUCGAUCUGACCUUCAGCGUAGACAAUGAGGAGUUUGGUGAGACGCAAGUAAUCGAGCUGAAGCCAAAUGGUCAGAACAUUGCCGUCACCGAGGAGAACAAGAUGGAGUAUGUCAAGCUGGUGACAGAGCAGAGGUUGACGUUGUCGAUCAGGAAACAGAUCGACGCCUUCCUCGAAGGCUUCCACGAUGUCAUCCCACGCUCCCUAAUCCGCAUCUUCUCCGAGACCGAGCUAGAGCUUCUCAUCUCCGGUCUACCCGACAUCGACGUCGACGAAUGGCGCAACAACACGGAGCUACACGGCUAUUCUCAAUCCGACGCCGUCAUCACCUGGUUCUGGCGGGCGGUACGAUCCUUUGAUCAAGAAACGAGGGCGAAGCUCUUACAGUUCAUUACGGGGACGAGUAAAGUGCCACUGGAGGGAUUUGGACAUUUGCAGGGUGUUAGUGGAGAUCAGAGGACCAAUAUCCACAAGACGUAUGGGAGCGAUCGAUUGCCUGCUGCGCACACUUGCUUCAAUCAAUUAGACUUGCCGGUAUACGAGAGCUUUGAGCAUCUAAAGAAGAGUGUGCUUCUAGCCAUCAAUGAGGGAGGAGAAGGGUUUGGCUUUGCGUGAUGGAGGGGGGUUGCAAGGCGAAUACAAGAGGGGAAGAGAGAGGGCAGAGCAGAAGAGUAGAGCUCGCUUGUCAUCAGCACUAUCACCACCAUCACCAUCACCAUUAUCGUCAUGAUCAUCAUCUUAUCAACAGCUCC